AUGAAUCGUUUACCUACACUUGACCCUCAUGUCCUUACCAUUGCAGAUCUCAAAGAGGCAGCAUGUCGCGAUAUGCCGGCAAUGUAUAGAGACUACUAUAAUGAAGGGGCCAUGGACUUGAUCACUCUCAGGGACAACGAAGCAGCCUUUAAUCGCUACAAAAUUCGACCUCGAGUUAUGAUCAAUGUAGCCAAAAUUGGUCUCGAGACUGAGAUCUUUGGUACAAAGACUGCAGCACCUUUCGGAUUCAGCCCAGCAGCUAUGCAUGGACUAGCUCAUCCAGACGGCGAACUUGCAACCUCGCGCGCAGCAGCAAAAGCAAACAUCUGCAUGGGGCUAUCAGUGUUUGCAACACAAAGUCUUGAAGAUGUGAUCGCCCAGAAAGCUAGCAACCCAUACUUUAUGCACAUCUCGAUGAUCAAGGACAAAGCGGCGUGUGCUAACACUAUCAAACGUGCUGAAGCUGCAGGAUACAAAGCCAUAUUUCUGUCAGUAGACGUACCAGUAUUAGGUCAAAGAUUGAAUGAGCAUAAGAAUAAAUUCGAGCUACCUGAAGGACUCCAAUGGCCAAAUCUGACUGCUGUGGGCGAGGGGCUCGAGUAUGAUGCAACCAUUGAGUGGCACACCGCUAUACCAUGGAUACGAUCACGGACUAAACUGGAGAUAUGGCUCAAAGGUGUUGCUUCGCCAGAAGACGUUUCAUUGGCGAUACAACACAAGGUUGAUGGUAUCAUGAUCUCAAACCAUGGUGGUCGUCAACUCGAUGGUGUACCCGCAACACUUGAUAGCCUUCGAGACUGUGCUUCCGUUGCCAAAGGCAAGAUUCCGAUCGCGUUCGACGGUGGUGUAAGAAGGGGCAGUGAUAUUUUCAAAGCAUUGGCAUUGGGUGCUGAUUUUGUGUUCAUGGGAAGAGUGCCGAUAUGGGGACUUGCAUACAAAGGGCAGCAAGGUGUUGAACUUGCAGUCAAGAUAUUGAUGGCCGAGUUGCGUAUGACCAUGGCAUUGGCUGGAUGCAGGACUGUGAAGGAGAUCAAUCGAGGGCAUCUUGCGGUGCUGAAGGGCGAUGGAGUGCUGUGCAAACUGUGA